AUGGUAGAGAAAUCAAUCAGAAAUAUCCAGGCCACUAACAUGCUGUUUUCCUCCUGGGCCUUAAUCUUAUUGGUAUUAGGAAUUAUCAUGGAUGACUGGGUUGAACUGAAUUCUGAAACAAAAAAAAAUAGAAAAAGCCACAGUCCGUGGACAUACACAACCAUUUGGCCAGAAGAUGAACUGAAAGUGGUUAGGAUCAUUAUGAUUUUGGUCCUCAACCUUUCCUUCUUCCAUAACUUGUUCCUGGGCUUAGAAUUCACCUAUAUGAUUCCUCAAACAAAAUACAUCCUCUUCAUUGAUGUCUUCAUCAGUUUCUUCACAGGUAUCCUUCUGCUCUGUGCACUCCUAAUGUAUCAUCUAAAGCUAAGGCAAGAUCAAUUCAUGUACUACUCUAGUUAUAAGAUCACCUGGAUCAUUCCCAUGGCCUACUUGAAUGUUUCCUUCUUUUUUACCUCCGGAGCUCUUUCUUUCCUACAGUACAAGAAGUCCAGGAAUAGUUGUGCCUGUAUGAACAUCACCCAUGAUCCUUCCAGAGGAAGUCAGGAUAUACAAGAAUCUGGGAGUACUGUUCAAGUUCUUUCAUUACCAGCACGCACUGCAAUGCCUCGUAGUAUUGUCCGUGUACAAUCUAUGCGUUCAGGGGAAGAUGCGCCAAAGAAAUCACAAAUCCAAAAACGUCGUGUAACCUGGGCCCUAUGA